GUUUGAAGGACCCAGGGACCAGAAUAUCCACGCUCAGAUCAGCGAGGUCCUAAUCAAGCGCCGAGGCAGGGCACUCUAUCGCUAUGUAUAUGAAUUUUUAUCUUUCUCUUAUCUACCUUCAAUUAACAGCGUUUUCACCAGCUGUGGUAAGGGCUUCGUUUUCGUGCCCGGCGUCGAUACCUCUGUGUCUAGGGAGCUUCUUUGAGGAAUUGAAUUCUUCGUCGGUUCUGGGGACGUUUCUUGGGGACCAUGGGACGGUUAUCUUUCAGAAUGGGCUUUUGAAGAAUACUACCGCGUGUCCUUCGAUGUCCGUGAUCUUCGCAAGAGGCACCGCUGAGCCUGGAAAUGUUGGGAUCCUCACCGGUCCGCCUUUCUUCGCUGCAGUGGCCGAGUACAUGAAUGGCACCAAUCAGCUGGCUAUUCAAGGCGUCGACUACCCCGCUGAUAUUGCAGGCUUUCUAGCAGGGGGCUCCCCAACGGGUGUAGUUGUAAUGGCCAAACUAAUAAACCGCACCCUCGCCGCCUGCCCCAACACGCCCCUCCUCCUUUCGGGUUACUCGCAAGGCGCACAACUCGUGCACCAAGCUGCUGCCACCCUUCCCGCCAACACGACAGCCAAGAUCUCCUCUGUGGUCCUGUUUGGGGAUCCGAAGAACGGGACGGCGAUUCAGGGGAUAUCGUCGGACAAAGUGUUGACGAUUUGCCAUACUGGUGAUGAUAUAUGUAAGGGAGGCGAUGAUAUUGGGAUCAGUCAUCUAAAUUAUAGCCUUGAUGCAGGCACAGCGGCUAUGUUUGCGUUGGGGAGUGCUGGGGCGAAGUUGGGGAUCACAAGUCAGAGGAUGAGGCCUGCUGGCGGUGGCCUGGGUUGAAUUCAAAGCACGCGUUGAUCGUGGGAAAUUAUUUGGAAUUUAUGACUUUAAGACUUAAACGAC